AUGAAUAUUUCUGAGAGUAUAGCGGGUCUCGGCACAGUGCUGCCUCUAACUAGUUUCGAGAACGUGCUUUUGUUUCUCUUCAAUAUAAUUCACGCCACCGCCAUUAUUUUUAUCAAUAUGUCCGUGUUUAUCGCCAUCGUGAUUAGCCGAUCACUGCGGAACGAGAACCGCUUCAUGUACAUACUCAGCACGUGUCUCAGUGACAUGUGCACGGGCGUCACGUAUUAUUAUGCUGGAGUUAUGGAUGUACGUGAUUAUUAUGACUCCCCGACUCGCACUUUCUUUCUCUCUUACAGUUUUCUGGGUCUGUCCUAUAUAGCGAUUCUGGCCGCGCAAGCGGACCGCUUCCACGCGGUCUCCGCGCCCUUCAAAUACUCGCAGCGCAUUACGCGCAACAGAACCCUGUUGCUGAUUCUGGCCUACUGGGUUUAUGGUUUUCUGAUAUCUGCUGUCAAUAAUCUGGUGCCUAUAGGGGUUGCUAAAAGAGUGACGUUCCUUGCUGCUUUUGUGGGGAACAUUUUCAGUAUCAUUAUCAUGAUUGGGUUGAACUUCAGACUGUUCUUCAUUGCCAAAUUUCAGUUAGGACGCGAACCGCCGAGCGAAGAACGCGACAACAAGCGCGCUUCCAUUUAUCUCAUCGUAUUAGUGGCCGUGUGUUUUCUGAUCGCGUGGUUGCCCCUUUUUCUUCAUGUUAUUGUGUGCAAUUUUGCAGGGUCUUCGUGCUAUGUGUUCAAAAAUGAGGGCACAGACCCCCUGCGCAUUUUGGCGCGUCUCAAUGCAGUCACCACACCUUUACUUUACAUCAGAGGCUGUACUCCACUCAGGAGCAUCAUAAUGAUUAAAGUCUGGAGAAUACCAUGCUGCAAGAGUAAAGGGUAA